AACUCAACUUCAAGUAGCCCGGAGGCAAACUUUAUGCUGUGAUAUGAAGAGCAGUAGCUAACCCUACAUGGUUUAGCAAGACAACGUCAGUAGUUGGACACACAAGACUGAGUUCGGCUUGAAAUGUGUCUUUUUGAUUGUAAAAUAUUUUAAACGCAUACUAAACUAGACAGUGGGCGUUUUUUUGAUUUGACCUAGCUAGAUUUGUUUUGUUUCCAGUGGGAGGCUAGUUAGGUUUAGCUCCAGCUAAUCCAAGGAGAUAACUAAUCCGAGGGUGGUAAUCCUUUCACACUUCAUUUCAGCAAACCGUUAAAGAGAGCCGAGGAGGACUGUCUAGAUAAAGACGUUAAGUGUCUGCUCAACAAGUAACUUAGCUAACCAAAACUCACAGACUUAGUAGUUGGACAUUUCUCAGACGGCAAAUAAACCUAAUUUAAGUAAAGUAAAAAGAAUGUGGAGUAAACUUGAAGUCGUCAAACGGAAACGUGACGAGGCUGGUAAAGGGUCACUACUCCGAUAGUUGCCAGCGCAGGGCAGUUUCUGUCAGGGCAUGCGACUCCAACCCAAGUUUGCAACAAGGAAGGAAGCGACACGAUGGCACACUGCGGAAGAAGGAAUCGACCCAAGUUACUUUUGUUUUUCUUUGGUGUUACUUUAGUGGGAUAUCUGAUAUUUCUCAGACACAAUUCUGCGGACGUGAGCGCGACAAAUCGACGAGAGGUCCCCGAAGAUCGAGAGCUGGAUGAUAAAGAGCUAAAGAAACCCGUCUACGAGAGGCUCUCUUUGGAUUUGAAUGCCCUGGGUGAAAUGGGCAGAGCCGUCAGACUGAACCUGAACGCAGAGGAGAAAAGGAAAGAGGAGCAAAGCAUACAAAAGCAUCAGAUUAACACGUAUGUCAGUGAUAAAGUGUCGCUACACCGGAGGCUGCCAGAGAGAUGGAACCCUCUUUGCAGAGAGCUGAAGUAUGACUACCGGUCCCUGCCGACAACCUCCGUGGUCAUUGCCUUCUACAACGAGGCCUGGUCCACCCUGUUGAGGACGGUCCACAGCGUGCUGGAGACAUCACCCGACGUCCUGCUGAAAGAGGUGGUGCUGGUGGACGACUAUAGUGAUAGAGCUCAUCUGAAGGAGCCACUGGAGAAGUACAUCUCAGGACUGAGGAAGGUGCGUCUUAUCCGGGCCACCAAGAGGGAGGGGUUGGUGCGGGCCAGGUUGCUCGGGGCGUCCAUUACCACGGGUGAUGUGCUGACCUUCCUGGACUGUCACUGCGAGUGCCAUGAAGGCUGGUUAGAGCCCCUGCUCCACAGGAUCAAAGAAGAGCCGUCGGCUGUGGUGUGUCCUGUCAUUGAUGUGAUCGACUGGAACACCUUUGAGUAUUUAGGGAACUCUGGCGAACCCCAGAUUGGGGGGUUUGAUUGGCGGUUGGUCUUUACCUGGCACUCUGUCCCAGAUUAUGAACAGAAACGCCGUCGCUCGCCCAUUGAUGUCAUCAGAUCUCCUACUAUGGCAGGUGGCCUGUUUGCUGUGAGCAAGAACUACUUCCAUUACCUGGGGACAUACGACACAGGGAUGGAGGUGUGGGGAGGAGAGAACCUGGAAUUCUCUUUUAGGAUUUGGCAGUGUGGGGGCAGCCUGGAGGUUCACCCAUGCUCCCAUGUGGGUCAUGUGUUCCCUAAAAAGGCCCCUUACUCACGAAGCAAAGCCCUGGCAAACAGCGUGAGAGCCGCUGAGGUCUGGAUGGAUGAAUACAAAGAGGUCUACUACCAUCGAAACCCCCACGCACGACUGGAGGCCUUUGGAGAUGUGAGCAAGCGGAAGAAGCUCAGAGAGGAGCUGGGCUGUAAGAGCUUCAAGUGGUAUCUGGAUAAUGUUUACCCUGAUAUUCAUGUCCCAGAGGAUCGGCCAGGCAUGUUUGGGAUGUUGAAGAACCGCGGCAAGACUCAAUAUUGUUUUGACUACAACCCAGUAGAUGAACACAAAGUGGUGGGCCAACGGGUCAUCCUCUACCCGUGUCACGGCAUGGGUCAGAACCAGUUCUUUGAAUACUCCACGUACGGUGAGAUCCGCUAUAACACAAGGGAACCUGCUGGAUGCGUUGUGGGUGACAACAUCAGCACAUACCUGACUCUCCAGUUGUGUAAAAAAAGGGGGCAGCAAGUACCUCCAGACCAGAAAUUUGUCUUCAGAGAGGACGGGACCCUGUACCACGCGGUGAGCCAGAAGUGUGUUCAGGCGGUAGACAAGACCGACAACGGGACACCAGCCCCGUCCCUCCAACCCUGCUCUGACAGCCUCCACCAAAAGUGGUUCUUUGAGGAGAAAAUGUAAUAGUAUCAACCUAAAAUAUAUGUACAAAUUUAUUUUUAUUCAGAUUUCCUGAGGAGCGAUAUGGGAGGAUUGAAUUGUGAAAGGGGUUGGGUCCCCUUUUUUAGAGUGACAGUGGACAGACAGGUUCAUUGGGAGAGAGAUGGGGGAUGACACACAGCAAAGGACUCAUGGGGGGCAUGCUCUUACUGGGUGAGCAUGAGGUCGCCCCGCUAAGUCUUUUUUUAUUUGUUUGCCUUGCCCUGAAAGGAGCCCAAAGGAAGAAGCUUCCAUGCUCCCUUCUAAACGUCAACCUUUGCACAUUUUUGUACCAGCUGGAUUUAAUGGAUCAAUAGAAAAUGAUACUGAGUGACCAGUACUUACUUUCUGAAGUACUUUAAAUAUAUACAAGUGAGGGGAAAAAAAGUAUGUGAUCCCCCGCUGAUUUUGUACGUUUGCCCACUGACAAAGAAAUGAUCAGUCUAUAAUUUUAUUGGUAGAUUUAUUUGAACAGUGAGAGAUGUUUCCCAGUGAGAUUCCCUCAGCCAGCGCAUUGAAAAUGCGUGGAUGGGUAUUCCAGCAUGACAAUGACCCAAAACACACGGCCAAGGCAACAAAGGAGUGGCUCAAGAAGAAGCACGUCAAGGUCCUGGAGUGGCCUAGCCAGUCUCCAGACCUUAAUCCCAUAGAGAAUCUGACUUGGAGAAGAUCUUCAAAGAGGAGUGGGACAAAAUCCCUCCUGAGAUGUGUGCACACCUGGUGGCCAACUACAAGAAACGUCUGACUUCUGUGAUCGCCAACAAGGGUUUUGCCACCAAGUACUACGUUAUGUUUUACAGAGGGGUCAAAUACAUAUUUCCCUAAUUUAAGAUGCAAAUCAAUUUAUAACAUUUUUUACAUGCAUUUUUCUGGAUUUUUUGUUUGUUAUUUUUGUCUCCCACUGUUCAAAUAAAUCUACCAUUAAAAGUUUAGACCGAUCAUUUCUUUGUCAGUGGGCAAAUGUACAAAAUUGGCAGGGGAUCAAAUACUUUUUUCCCUCACUGUAUGGCAAUAAUUCUUUUCUUGAAAUGCUGUUGCUGGAAGACAGGAGCCUACUGGAGUGGAUAGUUUUUUGUAAUCAUGGAUUAGUGAGAGCCAGCAAACUUGAGCAGGCAUUGUUCUGGUUUUCCAUCUACUUACUCCACUACUGGUGCAAUCUUUGAGAUCAGUUUAGCUCACUUUGCAUUAUGCACACAUGGACACUGAAACACGUGUGCAUCUGUCUAAAUUAAAAUAUCUGCUUUAUACCUCUGUCAACAAACUCAGUCUCUUAUGAACUUGUGGCUGACAUCACUGACUUUCAGAGCCACAUCUUCUAAAAUGUUUGCAUCUUCUCCUGUAGAGGGGGCCAACGCUCCUCUCUGCGAGAUCCUUUCUUUCACAGUUUGUGGAGAGACAGUGAGUAAGAUCUUCAGGUAUUUUCUUAAGAACCUUUUCAGGACAUUUUGAGUGCUUUCUACUCUUACAUACCAGUGGCUUAGGAAAAGCCUCAGAUCACAGGCAUUAUGCAAGUACCUAGUACCUCUUCAACCUAAUCACCUAACUACUGAUAACAGGAGAAACUCCAGUCGUAUUCCCAUGUAAUUUUGCAAUGCUAAUUUAACUUUAUUGUAAAAUGACAUGGGUCAUUUAGCUGUUUUUUUAGUAAUUCUUCUAACUUUUUUCCAACAUAGUGUACUUGCCUCUGAUUUGUGCUCUUUAAAUGAUAUGCAGCUUUAAAAGACUAAAUCAUAGCCAUAUUUUCUGGAUUUACUUGUUUACUGUUAACAAUUUUUUUUAUUUAAAAUGAUGUAUUUUCUAGAUAAGAUUAAAUUACUGUGUUACUGUUUUUUUUUAAUAGCUGUGUUGCAGACGUUAAUCAAGUGGGAAUUUAUUCACUUACUGUGGUAAGCAAUAAUCACAAGAAUAAGAGCCUCUCCCAUCUUGCUUGUACUCUUGGAGCCCAUUAAAAGUGCCUAAAUGUAAAAAAACAAAAAAAACAUAUAUUUCUAUUUUAAGAUAUCCCUUCAGGAAGAUGCUUUUGUACUGAAGGUACUGUAUACUGUGUCACACAAUGAGACAAGACUGUAAUUAGAAUUGUGACGAAGUGUCUGCACCUUUGCUAAGAGCAUUGUGAGUGCCCAUGUAUUACUCCGGUGCAUUUCACUGGUUUGUGCACUCUGUUUCUAUUCGUCAGUAUCAGACAGCUACAUGCUGCUCUGUUGUGGUCACUUGUGUGGCUAUCCCUCAGGCUAUGCACAAGGACCAAGGGAAAAACAGCGGAGGAAGAGUGGACAGUUGUUGGUGUCUCCAGAGUGCCUGGAUGCCAGAUGGCUUUCGGAUUGAUUUUCUGGUCCUCUUCCAAUUCUUUACCGCUAACCUCUCCCUUUUGGUGGAAGAGGUCUGCAGCAGAGGACUUGGUUUUGGACUUGCGUCAGCCAAUUCCUCCUUAGAUGAGCACCUGUUACUCAUGUGCUUGAGGUUUGAUUUAUGAAUGGAAGUCAUCUAGAGUACAGUUUUUGGCAGCAGAAACAGAUAAUGGAGGAAACCGAAUGAAGCAUUUGUGACCUUCCUUACAAUUAACGUUCCCAAGCUAUUCUCUUUGGUAGGGGGAUAAUCAUAUUGACAUAGAUUUUUUUGAUUGAUUCAGAAUGUGUACUCACAAUAAGAUACGUGGGAUUUGGAAAAAGACCAGUUUGUCAGUACCACCGCAGGGACCUGAGUAGACUCAGGAUACCUUCAUUUGCCAAAUAUAAUGAAUGCACAGUUAUGUGCAGGAACAUGGUAACGUGUGCAUAUGCACUCACAUAGUACAAGCCUAAAGAGACCAUGCAAGAUUAGCUUUACUUGCCGCUCUAAACCCAUAUUUAUACUAUUAUUGCUGCAUGAAGAGCAUUGGAUCAGGAGAUAGCUGCACUGUGUAAGAUGAAAGCACAAAAAGUUCCAAGUGUAUUGAAAGUUGGACACACAGUACUUUGUGGGGUUAAAGUUCCCAAAAAUCAUUUUGCUGGCACUAUGAGUGGAACCUGAUUGUAUGAUAUGUGCAAUGGACUAAAUGACCAGUGGGAAGAUUAUAGUCUGUUUCACAGAGGGAGUAGAGGGGCAGCAAUCCCAGGAUUGUGUGAACGUUUUGGACGGCAAAGCUCAAUCUCGGUCUUAAUAGAACAGUUUGGGAACAGGUUGUUCCUGAGGUGUUCAUGGCCCUUGGCAAUCGGGCAGUUUCCCUGCAGUGAUUUGAGACUAAGAAAAGCUGCUUCAAUGAGUAAAGAGAUCAGUUUCAUGUAUUCAACACUUGAGAAAGUGACAGCUUUUCCAUUCCUAUUAGUUUGUGUCUUUAGCCUGUGAGUGCUGUAUAAAUAUUCUAUCCUGUUAUUAAAAGGGUUAUUUAUUGUCCCCUGUGGUCAUCUGUUAUGCUAGACAUAACCGAUAGUAAAACAAUUUUUAUGUUGUUGUUAUAUUGUAUGCUAAUUUGAUACGUUGCACACAGCUGCAAUUAAACAGAUUUUUGCCCAUCAAAGAUCAUAUCUCUGGCGGGUCCUAUAGGGAUAUAAUAUCAACCAAGCCCGUGUCGUAAACAUUGGAUAUUCCAGGGAUCUGCUGGAGCACUUGAACCUGUAAAGUGGCUGAUUGGUCUGUCACCCAACCCUAAUAGACCAUGCAGUGCUGUUUUACAAUAUCAUGUUUUACAACAUCAUGCCCAUAUCUUCUGUUUAAAAUGGUAAACAAUUCCCAUUGGACACAUUUCAGUUAUUUAAGUGGUAAACAUGCACAAACAAUACUGCUGGAAUCUAACACUGUGUCUGGUAUAUUAAUGCUGUCAGUAACUCCAAUGGCCUUAUAUUGUUAUUAGUAAAGUGAAGGAUAUGAUUAAUGAUAUUUUAAAUUUGAUGGAUCCAAUAAAUGGAUCUGAUGUCAGUGAA